AUGCAGAAUAAUAAAGAUUCAAAAUACAUAACUGGUGAUAAUAUUCAUUUUGGUUAUGCCGAUUUUAAUAACAGUCAGCAAAGCAAUCAACAAAAUCAGCAAAAUCAGCCAAAUAGCCAGUCAAUACCAACUCAAAACCAAUCUUCAAAAUCAAAAAAAAAGAAAAGAAAGAAAUCAAAAAAUAAAAAACAAUCACAAUCACAAUCACAACCUCAAAAUCAAAAUAACAACACAGAUGAUUAUCCUUCAUCAAGAAUCAUCUCUCAAGAUUCCAAUGGGGAUAUUUUAGUUCGUGAAAUGCUCGUAAAUAAUAACGCUUCAAAUGUUCAGAAUAAUCAAAAUCAAAACCAAAAUCAAAGUCAAGUUCAAAACCAAAACCAAAAUCAAAGUCAAGUUCAAAACCAAAACCAAAAUUCUAAAAAAUCAAAGAAAAAAAAGAAAUCUUCAAACAUCUGGGAUAUGGAUUCUGCUAAAGAACUAGAAUUGGCUAAAUCUUUUUGGUAUGAACUAGCUCCCGAAGAGAAAAAAAAAUUAACAAAUAUCAAUAAAGAAAUCAUCAUUGAAACUCUAAGCAAUGAAAAACAUCAUAAAGAUAAAUGUAGAUGUUGUGGAAGAGAUUCUGAUAUAAUACAAGAGGAAUUGGAUUUUUUUAUUGAUACCUGGUAUUCCGGUGCAAAUAAUUUGAACCAAAUUCAAAAUCAGAACUACAACAACACUAACCGAAACAAUUACAAUAAUCAAAAUUAUAACUACAACAAUGACAAAAAUAUAAAUCAGAAUCGAAAUCUUAACCAAAAUCAAAAUCAAAAUCAAAUUCAAAAUCAAAAUCAAAAUCAGAUCCAGAUCCAGAAUCAAAAUCAAAUCCAGGAUCAAAAUCAAAAUCAAAUCCAAUUCAACCAUAACAAUAACUCUUUUAAUCAACAAAAUAUUAAAACCAACAAUAAACAGAAACAAUUUCAACAACAUCCUGAACAGUUACUUCAGGAAAAACACUUUCUAGAACGUUUGAAUUACCAACCGCUAACACCACAAGCUGCUCAAAAAUUACCUCAGAUCGAGAAACAUAUACAGCAGCUGAUGCAAAACGAAAAAAAUAAAGGCAGAAUUCCUGAACAUAUUCAAAAACUUUUUAAACCUGGAACUAGUCUACUUGAUAACGAAAACGUCAAUGUCAAAUUUAAUACUUUAAAAAUAACUAAAAGUGCACUUGGCGAUGCCUUUAACGAAAAACAACGACAAAAACAGCAACAGUCACCCAACCAACCUCAACCUCAAUCACAGCAAUUACAUCUGAAUCAACAACAACAACUACAAAUCCAAAAUCAAAUGCAGAAUCUGGCUCAGAUCCAAAAUCAAAUACAAAUGCAAAACCAGUUGCAUAUGCAGAAUCAAAUACAAAACCCGAAUCAAACACAAAAUUCUAACCAAGUUCAGAUGAACAUGAAUCGUAUGAAUACACAGGGAAUAAAUGCCUCCUCAUAUCGGGGUAAAAUAUCAGGGAGAGAGUUUUUUCAAACGUUUUUUCCUGAUGAACAAGUGGCUUUAAAAAAAGUCGCAGAAGAUUUGGUCGAAGAAGAUGGCAAAAAAUUUAUGCAAAUUCUAGAAAAAAUAACCGAUUCUUCAAAUAUAUCCAAACGGGUUAGAGAAAACUUUUCAAAUACAGAUAAUUCGAAGAAUUUUUUACCAAGAAAGACCAAUUCAGUUAAUAACAACAAUAUUGAUAAUAAUCAAAAUAAUAAUCAAAAUAAUAAUCAAAAUAAUGAAAAUUCUUCUGAGUUUAGAAAUGAAAAAAAUAUGGAUUAUGACAAAAGGAAUAGCCAAAUCGGUUUGAACGAGGGAAGAAUCGCUAAACCAGCAGAAAACGAUACUUCUAAUUCAGGUGUAUAUGAUAGUGAAGGCUCAAUAGAGUGCAAUUGUGAUCAUCAUCACCAUCACCAUCACCAUGAUCAUGAUGUCUAUGAAGAAGACGAUUAUGAGGAAGAUGAUGAUGAAGAAACUGAAGACCAUCAUCAUAGCCAUCAUAAUCAUAUUGACAUGGAAGAGCAUUCUGAACAGCAUUAUAUGUGUUCUCAUAGAAGUCAGGGUGUUGAUCAUUCCUUGGGUUUACCGGAAGACGAAUAUGAUGUGGAUGAAGACGAAGAUGACGAAGACGAAGACGAUGAAAAUGAAGAAGAUGAAGACGAAGACGAUGAAGAUGAUGAUGAAGAUGAUGAUGAAGAUGAAGAUGAAGAUGAAGAUGAAGAUGAAGAUGAUGAUAAUGGUAAUAAUGAAGGAAAUUAUCAUGCAGGACCGGGUCGGUCAAGUAAUAAUAAAAGUAAAAAACAAAACCAGCCAACAGCCAGUCAAAUAGAAAGAGAUAACCAAUUAAAAUAUGAAGAAGGUAGAAAAUUGGUUCAAUUAAUAAUCUCCAAAGUUUUUAAAGAACGAUUAUUUAAGGCAUUUCGUCAAAAAGUGGCCGAAGAUCGUCAGAAUCAGUUUGUUAAAGAGCUAGAAGAAGAAGAGAAAAAGAAGAAAUUGAGAGAAGAAAAGAAAAAACAGGAAAAAGAAAAGAAAAAAAAAAUAAAACAGGAAAGAAAACAAGCAAUUGAAGAAGAAAGACUUAAAAGAGAAGCUGCAAGAGCUGAAGAAAUAAGAAAAAGAGAAGAAGAGUUGAAACGGAGAACUUUAGAAGGUAGAAAGAGAAAAGAAUUGGAGCGUCAAAAGAAAGAAGAAGAAAGAAGAAAGAUGAUUGAAAAAAGACAAGAAAAUGAAAGAUUAAGAAAAGAAAGAGAAGAAAAGAAAAGAAAAGAAGCAGAGGAAAAAGCUCGAAAAGAAAUGGAGGCUAAGAAAAAGAAAAUGGAAGAAGAGAGAAUUUUAAAGUUAAAGAAGGAAAAAGAAGAAAAAAAAGAAAUAGAGAGAUUAAAACGAGAAGAAGAAAGAUUAAAAAGAGAAAAAGAGAAAAAAGAGGAAGAAGAGAGAAAAAUUAGACAAGAACAAAAAAGAAAAGAACGAGAAAGGAAAGAGCAAGAGAGAAAAGAACGGGAAAAAAAAGACCAAGAAAGAAAAGACCGAGAAAGAAAAGAGCAAGAAAAACUUCGAAGAGAAAAUGAAAGAAAAGAACAAGAAAAACUUCGAAAAAUUGAGGAAGAAUCUAAAAAAAUUGAAAGAUUAAAAUUGAGACAAAGUUUAGAUGCAAAUGCAGAUGAAGGUCAAAAACCCAAACUGAAUGAAGCCAAAAUAGAAAGUGCAAACACAUUAGAACAUCUUAAUUUUAAUGGACUUGAUAUUGGUGAUAAAAAUGAGUAUAAAAAUAGUGAAAAUAAUCCAAAUAUGGAAGAAAGUUUAAAUGUAAUUAAUAAUUUAUCACAGCCAGGAACAAGUUCAUCAAUUUUGUAUUCCAAUCUAGGGAAAUUUAAUCAGAGCUUGCCAAAUUAUCUUAAUUUUCCGAUUAAUUCCAAUUCGAUUCUUACAGCAAAUAGUGGAUUUGGAAAUACAUUUGACAAUUCUAAUUCUGGAUUUUUGAAUAGUAAUAUUGGAACUCCGCAGGUUAAUACGAAUAAUGUGAACAAUAUUUUAAGUCCUACUGGUUCUACUCUUUCACCUGUGGGAUUUGUACCAAGUAAUAAAGGCACACCGUUACCAUUUUCGAAUUUAAAUUUGAAUACUAGUGGUGCAGCUACUAAUAAUAUGAGUACUAUUAACAAUGGUAAUGUUUCAAUGGGGCAAUUUUCCAAUGCAACGUUAUUAAAUGGGAAUUUGAAUACUGGAUCGCCAUUAUUAACACAACUUGGAUUGAAUAAAGGAGCAGGACAUUUGGGAAGCAAUCAAAUUGGGACCAAUAAUAUUAAUAAGAUUGAUUUAAUAUGGGGAAAUGGAACUCCGAUUUCUGGUAAUACUAAUUUUAAUACUAAUUUUAAUAAUACUGGACACUUUGAUUCUAUGAAUAGUAUAUUGACACAGUAUUCUUUAAAUAAUAAUUUGGGUAACAACAUUGCAGUUACAGGAGGAAGUGUUUCGCAAGGGUCUACAAUAAAUAAUGAUUCUAGUUCUACAUUUUCUGGAUUUAGUGAAAAUAACCAAGCCAAUGUCGUGAAUGGAAGUUUAGGUAGUAAUACCAAUCAUACACCAAUUGAUAAUCACAGCAGUUUAUUUUUUGGAAAUUCGGGUGGUAAUAAUGGAAACAAUGGAAAUAAUGGAUUGAGCCAUAUGGGCAGUAACCUUAGCUUGAAUAAUAAUAAUAACAACAACAACAAUAAUAAUGGGAAUAUUAAUGGGAAUAUUAAUAGUAAUAUCAAUAGUAAUAACAAUGUUGGUGGGAUAUUAGGAAGAAGUCUUAAUACACCGACGUUGGGUGGAGUUUCACUAAGUGCAUCGAAUUCUUUGGGAAGUAGCACUCUUGGAGGCAAUAGUUUUGUUGGGAGUGGGCUAAACAAUGCAUUGGGGGGAAACAUUCUCAAUGGAAACAAUAUUAGUAACACAUUGGGUGGAAAUACACUUGGUGCAUUAGGAGCUAACACACUCGGUAAUAAUUUAAGUGGUAAUGGGCUAGGUGGUAAUACGUUGGGCAGUAGCCUAGGGGGCAACACACUAGGAAACAGCCUCGGCGGCAAUCUCAACAGUAACCUUUUGGGCAAUAGUGGUUUAGGUGGUGGCACACUUGGAGGAAAUCUAUUGGGAGGAAGUAGUUUGGGUGGAACCAAUGUGUGGAGCAGCGGGUUCAACGGUGGACUAAAUUCGUCGGUGUGGGAUAAUUCAGUGAGCAACAACAGCUCUUUAAGCAACAGCAUGUUGGGAAGCAGUUCGAUAAAUACUGAUGGCGAUGGUGGAUUGUGGCCAGCAGGUGUGGCCAGCACAAACACCAGCAGCGAAAAGGAAAUCAUCUCACAAAAGAUCUACGAGGCGUACGAGUUGCUCAAAAGGAACAACCAGAUGGAAGGAGGAUGGGUUGGAACGCAGUUGCUCUUCCAGACAACGAGGUCUUUGUUGAUCUCGACCCCUGUCAACAACUUGACGUUGAGCGCCUUCACAACGUUAGUGAUCUUGAACCAAAACAGCGAGUACCAGUUCAGCUACCACCCAGAAAACGGGCCCAUCACCCACAUCAAGGUCGACGUCAGGCCCCCAGGCCCUGCGUACACAGAGCCCCAGUAA